AUGCAAGGCUCCAGCUGGCUGGAAGAUGACCUCUCUCACAUGCUCCUCUUCCCUCUAUCCCAUUCCCCUCACUUCCCAUGUCCUCCUCAGGAGUCCAAAUGCAAUUUUUCUCUGGCCAAGUUUAUGUUAUUCUACCAAGCCAAGAAUGGUACACCUUUCAACUGGACAGAGAGCCAGAUCAUUGAGUGGGAGAAGUUUGCUGAGCUGGCUAAAUACGAGCCAGAGUCACAGAAGCCCACCAUGAAAGCUCUCCUCAUUGUGGCCUACACAAUCAUCAUCAUCAUAUCUCUCUUCGGUAACUUGCUGGUAUGCCAUGUGGUGAUGAAGAAGAGGAGGAGGAGGAUGCAUUCGGCCACCAGCCUCUUCAUUGCCAACCUGGCCAUGUCUGAUAUCAUGAUCACCUUGCUCAACACACCUUUCACUUUGGUUCGGUUCGUGAACAGCACAUGGGUCUUUGGGGAAAGCAUGUGCCAUGUCAGCCGCUUUGCGCAGUAUUGCUCUCUCCACGUCUCCACUCUGACCCUGACAGCUAUAGCCCUGGACCGGCAUCAGGUCAUCCUCAACCCACUCAAGCCAAGGAUGUCACUGACCAAAGGAGCACUGGCCAUUUCCAGCAUCUGGAUGAUGGCAGCCUGCUUUUCGUUACCCCAUGCUAUCUACCAAAAGCUCUUCAAGUAUAAUUAUAGGGAAACUACUAUUCGUAGCUUGUGCCUCCCAGAUUUUCCUGAGCCAGCAGAGGUGGUGCAGAAAUAUGUGGACCUUUCCACUUUCCUUCUCCUUUACCUCUUGCCCCUCCUCAUCAUUUCCGUCACUUACACACGGCUGGCUAAGAAGCUCUGGCUGCGCAAUGCCGUGGGGGAUGUCACCACACAGCAGUACAUCGUCCAUCACAACAACAAGAAGAGAAGCAUCAAAAUGCUCAUGCUGGUGGUGGUGGUUUUUGCUGUCUGUUGGUUCCCGCUCAACUGCUAUGUGCUGCUCAUCUCCACCAUGAACAUCAGAACCAAAAACUCCCUCUAUUUUGUCCUUCAUUGGUUUGCCAUGAGCAGCACUUGCUACAAUCCUUUCAUCUACUGCUGGCUGAAUGACAGCUUCCGUACUGAGCUCAAGUCCUUGUUCGCCAUGUGCCUGAAGGUGCAGCAGACGAGAGAGAACCUCAUUCCAGGGGCAACCUUUCCGUAUCAGGAGGCAUGGAUGCAGCAAAUCAAAUGCAAGCAAAGGUUUUCUUUACAGAGCAUCCGCUCAACCACAAACGUGCAGACUUUCAAAACGGAUUUGUGA